AUGUGGUCAGGGAACGCUUCCCGGCGGUCCGGGGGGCUUGGUCAAAUACCUUUCGUUCAGGUUCUCCUAGACGGUGAAAACUGUGACCACACCAAGAAUACGGCUGGAACAUGCGCCGACGAGACAAAAGCAGGACCUCUCAAAGGCCCAGGAACCUGUGAUGAUGCCUACUACUGGUUCACCGGCGGUAACAUGAACGUCGAGCUGAGUGACGGCAGUUACCACUAUUGCCAACCGGAAAGUGAGCAAUCUCCCAUGACUUGCGCAGACUAG